CAGAUUGUGCAGUAUUCCCGCGAUGAACGGUUGCUACAACACCAUUAGGUACACGGGUCUGAUGUCCAACCUGCUCUACAUGCUCCUGGGCAUAGGCGUUAUGUCUGGAGCAGGGCUAGGACUGCAGGCGGCGGAGCCCAACACCCCGGAGCACACGUACUUCGUGAAGAGCCUGGUACUGGGUGGCACUAUUUGCAUGAUAGUCAUGUUUGGCUGCUAUGGAAUGGUCAGCAACCUGCUGUGUGUGAACCUACUCUUCACGCUAUUCAUAUUGCUGGCUUUGGCGGCGGAGUACCUGCAAAUGCAUCACUACCAUAAUCCCGCCCUUAGGAAUCCAGGAGGCGGAGCCUGGCAGCAGCUAGAGCUGGCCUGGCACGGCCUGGACAGACCCCAGGAGGCGACGCAGAAGUGCUGUGACCAGGACGGUGCCGAAGCCGACUACAGACGCUUGCAUUUGCUGGUACCCGAGAGCUGUUAUCAGGCCACGGCCAAUGACACCGCGGAGCACACGUAUCCGCACGACUGCCUGCAAAAGCUGGACAAAAGCCGACGCUACAUACAUCAGCGCGAUAAGCUCUACAUGUGGGCCAUCGUUGGCCUUGAGGUCAUUAUACUGAUGCAGACGGCCGUGCUCAGCGUGCUGCUCUUUCGAACUCGCCAGCGCCAGCGUCUGGCCAGGCGGCAGGUGCCACCAGGUGUGCGUCGGGAGCCCCGCUCCAACCACGUUACUGGUUCUCGGGCCCAGCUGCUGCACGAAGUUUGAUCUUAGAUGGUAUCAAGACGAUUGUUUAUUGAGUAACCAAGUGGCAAAUGCAUGUAGAAACUUAGUAGGUAUAGCGGCGAGUCUUACUGGUGAGCUGGCAGCACAAGGUAAUGCCCAAGAUAAUGCCCACAACCUGUAAGGAAAGGAGAAUA